UUAACAGAAUCACGUCACCUGCGGAAGUAAACAUAAAAGAGGCUGAAAUUUAUCGCUGCGUCACAAACUGGGAUUUUUCUUGGACUGUUCAAGUGACGGUUUUGCGUCUGUGUCUCGGUCCUGCUCCCGGUGUCAGAACUUUGUGGUUCGGAGUCCACAGCAGCAGCAGCAUGUCUGUGACGGUGAAGGCUUACCUUCUGGGGAAGGACGAGCAUGUGAAGGAGAUCCGCCGCUUCGCGGUGGACCAGGACGUGUCCUGCAACUUCGAAUAUCUCAGCAAGAAAACCGCGGCGGUCUUCUCCAACCUGAUGAACUCCUCCUUCAACCUCUUCUACAAAGAUGAGGAUGGAGAUUUGGUGGCCUUUUCUUCUGAUGAUGAGCUGAUGAUGGGCCUGGGCUGCGUGAAGGACUCCACCUUCCGCCUCUACAUCAAAGAGAAGAAGGAGCACCGCCGUGAUUUCCCACUGCAUGCCCUACCCCCUUUCAUGUUUGGACACCCACCACCCCAUGGCCCCCCUCAUGCUCCACAUCACGGCCCUCCCCCCGCCCUGCACCCUAACGUCACCUGUGACGGCUGUGAAGGGCCGGUUGUGGGAAUGCGGUUCAAGUGCUCCGUUUGUCCCGACUACGACCUUUGCUCCACCUGCCAGGCUCAAGGGAAGCACACUGAGCACGCUUUGCUGCCCAUCUGGCACCCCCUGCAGUGGUUUCCCCGUGGAAAGUGGAUGAAGAGAAUGAGACACUGCAUGUGGAACCAGAACCAGAAUCAAAACCAAAACCCAGAGCAGCAGGAACAGCAGGACCAGCCAAGGCCAUCAGCAUCUUCGGGUGACGGUGGAGAACCAUCAGCUUCCCAGGCUAGUGUGGACUUCCUGAAGAACAUUGGGGAGGGGGUUGCCGCCAUGUUGAGCCCCCUGGGAAUCGACGUGGACAUUGAUGUUGAGCAUGACGGGCAGAGGUCGAAGGUGAAUCCACCCACUCAGGCUGGAGGGGGGGAUGACAAUGUGGCAAUGGAUGUAAACGAAGGGGAGUCUGCAACUGCUGAGAGGUCAAAGGCAAGCCGGGACUCUGACGAGGAGUGGACUCACCUGAGCUCCAAAGAGGUGGACCCGUCCACGGGGGAGCUGCAAUCCUUAGACCCCAAGAACCACGAGUGCGAGCUGCCGUCGGGAGGGCAGCAGGGGCCCCCGUCGGGAGGGAAGCAGGGGCCCCCGUCGGGAGGGCAGCAGGGGCCAACAGGUCUGCGGGAGGCUGCGCUGUACCCCCACCUGCCUCAAGAGGCGGACCCCCACUUGGUGGAGUCUCUGGCUCAGAUGCUGUCGAUGGGCUUCACUGAUGAGGGGGGCUGGCUCACCAGACUCCUCCAGGCCAAAAACUUUGACAUUGGAGCGGCUCUGGACGCCAUCCAGUACGCCAAGCAGCCCCGCCCACCACAGUGACCGCACCAGCUGCUUUAUUUAACCUGAGUUUCUAUCUGUUCAACUGUUAAUCAACUCCUUAACCUGUUUCUGUCUUUUAUUAAUCUGUUUCUGAACAAUAAAAACAUGAAGGAA